GUCCACACACAACUCCUUUUUUUUACUGAUCAUCUUCCUUCUUCUGCAGGUCUGAAUAUGGACACCUUCCUUCCACAUCACUAACGUGCAAUGAAGCGGCUCGUUUCCUCUCGAGCACGUUUGAGAGAUGUUGACUGAGGCCAAGUCGGCCUUUGCCUCGGCUUGACGAGACGUCAGAAGCUGUGAUGAUUCCAUGUGCGACUCCCACCACCCCUCGUCUCCCCGCGCCUCGGGCCAGAUCCAGAUAAAGUUCCGGAGAGGACACUUUUGGGAACUCGUCAGGCCGGGCUGCCUGCAGACAGAGUGGGAGGAACAGCGGAUGUUGAACACUUCCCAGCGAGAAAAACACCACCAACAUUUUUUUUGAUUUCGGAGUCACCUGCCAGCUUCGCACCUCUCCCUCCCUCUCUGCAUUUUUCACAGGCAGAGGCGUCCAUGGACCCUCUGGCUUCCCCCAGUGACUUGGAAAGCUGGGAGAACUUUGUGAACUCUCCCGGCAUCUGAGCGGAGAGGAAAAGACGGGAGGAGGGUGGGGGGAGUAUUGGAUGGAACGCGGCGUGGCGAGAGACCGCAGCAGCAGCAACAGCAGCAUCGGCGGCAAGAUCCAGCAGAACCCUUCACUGGAGAUUAUCCACCACCUCCCCCCACGCCUGGGUGGUGUCAUGAGAGGUCAACAACGCCCCGCCGUCCUCUUCCCAGUGGCUCUGCUGGGACUCCUGGUCGCUCUGGCCGACCUCGGCCGGGGCUCGGCCAGCGAGGACGAGGACUACUACAUGCAGGAGCUGCUGACCAGGGAACAGUACGCCCGGGUCCAGAUGCCCGAGAAGCCCGGGGCCUCUGCGGCGGAUGUGCAUGAGCAACCCAGACAAUAUCCUGGCAAGAAGACAGCCAAAGGGAAGGCAGACAAAUCGUCUGGCAAAAAAGCAGAGAACAACAAGAAGGGCAACCAGAAAUCCCCGAACGGAAGCUCCGAAGGAGACGGACAGCAGAAGGGGUACAACGAUGAGUGUCCUCCGAUGGGACUGGAGACGCUGAAGAUUGAUGACUUCCAGCUCCACGCUUCAACGACCAAACGUUACGGUCUGGGGGCACACAGAGGCCGCCUCAAUAUUCAGGCAGGCCUCUACGAGGACGACCUCUAUGACGGGGGCUGGUGCGCCGGGAGGGACGACCCGCUGCAGUGGCUGGAGGUGGACGCCAGGAGGCUGACCAAGUUCACAGGGGUCAUCACACAAGGCCGCAGCUCCCUCUGGUCGAGCGACUGGGUGACCUCCUACAAGGUGAUGGUGAGCAACGACAGUCACGCUUGGGUUACGGUGAAGAACGGCUCGGAGGACAUGAUCUUCAGGGGGAACCGAGAAAAAGAGAUCCCGGUGCGCAACGUCUUCCCGACCCCGUUGGUGGCCCGCUACAUCCGAGUGAACCCUCAGUCCUGGUUCACCAGCGGCAGCGUCUGCAUGAGGGCGGAGAUCCUCGGGUGCCCCCUGCCAGACCCAAAUAAUUACUACCAUAGACGCAACGAGGUCAUCACCACCGACGAGUUGGACUUCACGCAUCACAGCUACAAAGAAAUGAGGCAGCUGAUGAAGGUGGUGAAUGAAAUGUGCCCCAACAUCACUCGCAUCUACAACAUCGGCAAAAGCCACAGCGGCCUCAAACUGUACGCCAUCGAGAUUUCCGACAACCCGGGCGAGCACGAAACGGGUGAGCCCGAGUUCCGCUACACGGCCGGUUCCCACGGCAACGAGGUGCUGGGCCGGGAGCUGCUGCUGCUGCUGAUGCAGUUCAUGUGCGUGGAGUACCUGUCGGGCAACCAGCGCGUCAGACACCUGGUGGAGGAGACCAGGAUCCACCUGCUGCCGUCCGUCAACCCCGAUGGCUACGAGAAAGCCUUCCAAGCGGGUUCUGAGCUCAGCGGCUGGUCUCUGGGCCGAUGGAGCAACGACGGAAUAGACAUCCACCACAACUUCCCCGACCUUAACUCCAUACUGUGGGAGGCUGAGGCCAAGAAGUGGAUCCCUCGCCGCAUGGCCAACCAUUACGUGGCCGUCCCCGAGUGGUACCAGACCCAAAACGCCUCGGUCGCCAUGGAGACGCGGGCUCUGAUCGCCUGGAUGGAGAAGAUCCCCUUCGUGCUGGGCGGCAACCUCCAGGGCGGCGAGCUGGUGGUGACCUUCCCGUACGACAAGACCCGCUCGCAGGGCGUCACCCGGGAGACCACGCCCACCUCGGACGACCACGUGUUCCGCUGGCUGGCCUUUGCCUACGCCUCCACCCACCGCCUCAUGACCGCCGCCAACCGACGGGUGUGCCACAUGGAGGACUUCGCCAAGGAGGACGGCACCAUCAACGGGGCGUCCUGGCACACGGCGGCGGGCAGCAUGAACGACUUCAGCUAUUUGCACACCAACUGCUUUGAGCUGUCGAUGUACGUGGGCUGCGACAAGUUCCCUCACGAGAGCGAGCUGCCGGAGGAGUGGGAGAACAAUCGCGAGUCUCUUCUCGUCUUCAUGGAGCAGGUGCAUCGUGGCAUCAAAGGCAUUGUGAGGGACCUGCAGGGCCACGGAAUCGCCAACGCCACCAUCGCCGUGGAAGGCAUCAGCCACGACAUCCGUACAGCGGCCGGCGGGGACUACUGGCGCCUGCUGAACCCGGGGGAGUACCGCGUGACGGCGAGGGCUGAGGGCUACAGCAUGUUGAGCAAGAAGUGCGAGGUGGGCUACGAGAUGGGGGCCACCAGGUGCGACUUCACGCUGGGCCGCACCAACCUGUCCAGGAUCCGAGAGAUCAUGGAGAGAUUCAACAAGCAAACCGGCGGCAACGCGCCUCCCAGGCCGCUGCAAGCUCGGCGGUCCAGAGCGAGACAACCUGGGACUUAAAGAAGGUUUGGGAAGAACUCUUCGCGUUCUUGUUCGAAAAUCAUCUCAAACGUACAAAGUAAACGCUCUCAAGAGCUACGUUGACGCUUACAAAACUGACACAUGUAGUAUGUAACGUACGUAGGUGGAACAAAAGCUACACUUACAAUCGUCUUUUUUUGUAAAUAAAAUCCAACAGAUAAUCAAAACAACACCCGGACUCACUUAAUCUCAAUUUAUUGUGUACAUGAAGGACUUGUUAAGUAAUGUAAACCACUACAAAGUAAGUUAUGUAAACCACUACAAAGUAAGUUAUGUAAACCACUACAAUGGCAAUGCAACAGAACACUUGACUCUUUAUUAUGUCAUUGAUGUGAACACUUAUGUACGCACAUAGCUUUUUCAAACAAACUUUAACUACCCCAAAUAUCCAAGCUGUUUAGGUUAUUUUCCUUCGUCUAAACCAGUGGUGUCAAAAUCAAAGCCCGUGGGCCAGAUCUGGCCCGCGAAUGAAUUAUUAGUUAAAGAAUAGGUUCGCCACACCUCGUGGCGAAAUUAUUCUCCGCAUUUGACCCAUCACCCUUGAUCAACCCCUGGGAGGUGAGGGGAGCAGUGAGCAGCAGCGGUGGCCGCACCUGGAAAUUAUUUUUGGUUAUUUAACCCACAAUUCCAACCCUUGAUGCUGAGUGCUAAGCAGGGAUGUAAUGGGUCCCAUUUGGAUAGUCUUUGGUAUGACUCGGCCGGGGUUUGAACUCGCAACCUACCGAUCUCAGGGCGGACACUCUAACCACUAGGCCACUUAGUAGGUUCUAUUCAUGUUUUGCAAGCAUCAAUACUCCCAUCAGUGUUGGCGCUAGGAAUUUUCAAAAUGGGGUCUCAGGGACCCCAUCAAUUAAUAAAAAUGGGGUCCCACUUGUUUGUAAGCAAAACAAAUGAUAAAUGUAUGCAUUAUUUCUCACGUUCUAUAUUGUGUUUUGGAAAAAGGUUGUCAUAAAAAUUACUUAAUUUAUUAUUUAAAAAAAUGUUUACAAAUGUUUGUGCAUAUGUAAAUGUAUUCAGUUAGAAACAUUCAUUCACUUUUCUUCUUUACUUUUGUAAAGACCAAGUCUGUGCGCGUGUGCACAGAUUUUCCUCCAUGCGGCCCCUGAGCUAAAAUAAGUUUGACACCCCUGGUCUAAACGAUCAACUUUACCUUGUUCUGCAACAAAUGAUCAACAUUUCAUGGAAAUCGGCUCGGGAGGUUGUGUGCAAUCUUGUUAAAUUCCAAACAAAAACAAUGCUUUGACAACCAUAUUAAAUACUAUCUUGCCGACGACCUCCUGAGAACGAACGUCCCUCUGCAGUGGACAAUUGUAUUUUGAAUAACAGGGCUCUUUUUUUUUUUUUUUUUUUUUUGCAAGAUUUGUAACUAACAAAAAAAAAAGCAAAACAUUCCCGCUGCAGAGAACACUCGUUGUCAGUAGGAUAUACAAACAGAAUAAAGAACGUCUACUGCACUUGCACAAUUAACUGGAUCUGCACAAAAUGUUAUUUUGUUACACCUUGAGCCUACAUCUUGGUGCUUUGUGUGAAUCAGUUUGGUAGUUUGUGCAAAGUCUUGUUUAAUAGCAACCAAAAUAUUGCCUUACUAAUGCUGAUUGAAUCCUAUCAGGCUACCUGUAAACAUAAGUAACCAGAUCUGCACCAAAUUGUAUUAUUUUUCACCCUGAGCCAGGUCCUACAUUUUGGCAAAGUUUUGUGUAAAUCGGUUCGAUAGUUUUUGCAAAGUCCUGUUUAAUAAAAAACAAAACAUUGCCUUACUAAUGCUAAUUGAAUCAUAGCUUGUUUACAUCUAAACAUAAGGAAAACAUCUCUGGAAUUUGCAUCUUUAAUCUGAUCUGAACCAAAUUGUAUUUUGUUUGACCUUGAGCCAUGUCCUACAUCUUGGCAAAGUUUUGUGUAAAUCGGUGUGGUAGUUUUUGCAAAGUCCUGUUUAAUAGCAACCAAAAUAAAGCCUUACUAAUGCUAA